AAUUUUAGAGACGCUGUUGAGUAAUCAUUCUAACGUGAUGAGCGCUGGUGUAGACUGAUUCUAAUAUUAAUGAAUCAAAUGAGAACACGGUGAAUUUUAAUACUUUCAUACACACGUAAAUCAGACACGUACAUAACGCAAAUACACUAAAUUGAUAACAGAGCACAUUAUUAAAGUCAAACCGAUAACGUUGGUGUAUCUCAUGUACUAGCCGCUAGUAUCAUUAAACGUAGACUGACGCUGUGGCAAAGGCGUGGAGAAAAACUGGGGUCAACACACGCGGCAAAACAGUGCAGAGGACAGAACAAAAGACAUUUCAAAGUGUACGUGAUUAACAAUAUCAUUAAUGAUUAUAAUGACUUGAAGACGGUGAUGUUGUGAGGUGUGAAUUUUGGAAAUGUGGUAUUGUUAAACAUUGUUAUAAUGUCGAGUGCAGUGAAUAAAGUUCCACCAGACGGAGGAUAUGGGUGGAUAGUGGUGGUCGCCUAUGCCCUCAAUAAUGUGGUAGUUCUUCCCCUUAUUGCUGGAUUCGGUUUAGUUUUUCAAGAAGCCUUUGACGAGACAGGUUUAUCCGCUACCCAAGGAACACUAAUUAUCACCCUUAACCAUGGAAUUGGCAUGCUUAUGUCGUUUUUCACUGGACCAGUACUCCAGAGGUUUGGUUACCGAAAAGUUGCCGUUUUUGGAGCAAUUUUUAUUGCUCUUGGUCUCAUGAUGACGGCCGCUACAUCAAAUUUCUGGCUGUUUAUUUUCUCCUACAGUAUUAUCUGUGCAUUGGGCGUUGCAUCAGUUAUGGCAUCCUUCUCAUUAGCAAUAAAUUCAUUUUUCAAGGAGAAAAGAGCACGCGCUGUAGGCGCUGGAAUGUCCAUGACAGGACUAGGAGCCAUUUACAUGCCCCUCCUCAUGAGUACUCUCAUGUACACUUAUGGUUGGAGAUAUGCCGUACUUAUUCUUAGUGCUAUAUGCUUGCACUCUCUUGUCGCUGCUUGUUUACUAAGACCAGCCAAAUGGUACUUAAGAAAUCCGCCAAUUACAGAAGAACUCGAGCCAUUAAAUAAGGAUACUGGUAUAGAACUUGUGAAUGGAAGUUUUACAACGUCUUCAAAACUAACUGGAUCGACAACACCUAAAAUUGAAGAAAGUGUGGAAACUGGUUUAAUUCCUCCAAAAAGUUUAUCAAUGCGAUCUUUGUACAGCAGUGCUAGUCUCGAAGCAAGAAACGCUAUCUCGCAUCCUGAUGUACGCAAAAAGACAUCAGAACCACCAGAACCACCGCUCUCUGAAGCUAAAUAUAAGUGGUGGGAAUCUCAAGAGAUAAAUUUGGGUAGUUCAAUAAAUAUUUUCAAUGAACCGAAGUCGGAUAUAAAAGAAAAGGAGCCACUAAAUAUUCUACCUGAAAAAAAUAAGAAAGAAAAGACAUUUCUAGACAAAUUCAUAGAAUUUUUCGAUUUGACUUUGCUUAGUGAUCCAAUAUUUGUAAACAUUUUGAUUGGUCUCUCAGUCGCAGCAUGUGUGGAAACUAAUUUUUCAUUGCUUCUUCCAAUAAUGCUAAAAGACAUGUUGAAAUUUGAAACAUCUCAAAUAGCUCAGAUAAUGGCUGUUAUUGGAUUUUCAGACACAAUCUUUCGAUUCGUGUCUCCAUUUAUAGGAGAAUGGUGUAAUAAACCACCAAGAGUUAUGUAUAUUGUCGGAUUAUUGUUAAUUAUUUUUACAAGGACAAUUAUGCUGUUCACAACUUCGUACAUCGGUAUGAUGUUCGUAGCUCUUCUUAUGGGUAUCACCAAAGGCAUAAGGACAGUCUACAUGAAUAUCAUCAUCCCUAGCCAUGUACCAAUAGACAGACUACCGUUUGCGUACAGCAUACAAAUGUUCGUCAAUGGAAUCACGAUUAUUGCACUUGGACCAUUAUUAGGAAAGAUUCGUGAAAUAUCUGGAUCAUAUCAAAUACCAAUAGUGGUGUUGAAUUCGGUGACUCUAGUCACAGUUGUUUUGUGGACGUGCGAAUUUAUUUACUUCAGACUGAAGCAGAAAUCCGUCACAGAAACCCAAGAACAGCAGUAAAGAAAUCACUCAAGAUGUAUGAAUUCCACAAAUGUUAAACAUUGUUAAGACUUACGUAUUAGUUGUUAUUUAAAUAAUUUUUAUAAAUAUAUUUGUUUAAAGUUGUUAA